AUGCAUCUCCACGUCAGGCAGGAUCGCGGAGCACAGACGGCCUGGCUGAAAGGGCCGAACGAACGCUUCACCUUCUGUAGUUUCAGUGCAGUGGGGAGGAGGGGCGCGGGUAGGGGGGAGGGGGAGGGGGAGGAGGAGGAGGAGGAGGAGGAGGAGGAGGAGGAGGAGGAGGAGGAGGAGGAGGAGGAGGAGGAGGAGGAGGAGGAGGAGGAGGAGGAGGAGGAGGAGGAGGAGGAGGCGGCAAGCGGAGAUGGAGACGGGAGCGGGAAGGAGACAGACAAAGGGGAGGAGCGCGGGAAGAAAGAGGGCGGAAAAGGAGCGGUCAGACGGAGACACGGGGAGAUGAGGAGCGGUGCAAUACAAUGUUUCAAGCGCUAG